GAAUAUCGGCAUUUUUUAUCUUGAUAAAAACGUUUUUUUCCCCGAGGCAGCUCAUCUUGUCGGGUGUCGGGGCUUUUUGCGCGGAACUCAACUAUGAUCCUAAGAACUGGAAAGCGUCGCGCUCGUGCCCGGCUGCGCGCGACAACAUGUUGUUAGACAGACAGAGACGUGCCCUCGUGGACCCCUCAUCUCACCAGCAUCCCCGCAUGGAAGAGAGCAGAGAAGCGUGACUGCGAGCGCAUCGUCCGGAGGGGAGGAAUGCAUCGCCGCGCCGUGCGCGUUUUCGCAGCGCUCUGCGCGUGUUUCCUCCACACCUGCAACUUCAGGGAGACAUAUGCCAAGGAAUAUGACUUCAGACCGUCGAGUAGAGGGUCAUCAUUAACCAUGUCUCCUUCUGACUUUCUGGACAAAUUAAUGGGCAAAACAUCGGGCUACGAUGCUCGAAUAAGACCAAAUUUCAAAGGUCCACCCGUUAAUGUUACCUGCAACAUAUUUAUCAACAGCUUUGGUUCAAUAGCUGAAACGACAAUGGACUACAGGGUGAACAUCUUCCUGCGGCAGCAGUGGAACGACCCGCGACUGGCCUACAGCGAGUACCCGGACGACUCGCUCGACCUGGACCCCUCCAUGCUGGACUCUAUCUGGAAGCCCGAUCUCUUCUUUGCCAAUGAGAAAGGAGCCAACUUCCACGAUGUGACCACCGACAACAAGCUACUGAGGAUCUUUAAGAAUGGGAACGUGCUGUACAGCAUCAGGCUGACACUUAUUCUGUCCUGUCCGAUGGAUCUGAAGAACUUCCCUAUGGAUGUGCAGACGUGCACGAUGCAGCUGGAGAGCUUCGGUUACACUAUGAACGACCUGAUCUUCGAGUGGCUGCCGGAGGGGCCCGUUCAGGUGGCAGAAGGCCUGACGCUGCCGCAGUUCAUCCUGAAGGAUGAGAAGGAGCUGGGCUACUGCACCAAGCAUUACAACACGGGUAAAUUCACCUGCAUUGAAGUAAAGUUCCACUUGGAGAGGCAGAUGGGCUACUAUCUGAUCCAGAUGUACAUUCCCAGCCUGCUCAUCGUCAUCCUGUCCUGGGUAUCCUUUUGGAUCAAUAUGGAUGCUGCACCUGCCCGGGUGGCUCUGGGCAUCACCACGGUGCUCACCAUGACGACGCAGAGCUCAGGCUCCCGUGCUUCCCUGCCAAAGGUCUCCUACGUGAAGGCCAUUGACAUCUGGAUGGCUGUGUGUCUCCUGUUCGUCUUCGCUGCUCUGCUGGAGUACGCCGGGGUGAACUUCGUCUCCAGGCAACAGAAAGAGUUCCUCCGCCUGAGACGGCGACAAGCGCGAAACCACAAGGAGGAUGGUGUGCAGGAGGGACGCUUUAACUUCACUGGCUAUGGCAUGGGUCAUUGCAUGCAGGGAAAGGACAGUGCAGUUGCCAAGACGGCCGCGCCCAGUCCGACUGCCCAGCCCCAGCCCCCGAAAGACUCAGAUGCGGUCAAAAGGAAGUUUGUAGACAGGGCCAAGAGGAUCGACACCGUGUCCAGGGCUGCCUUCCCAUUGGCCUUCCUCAUCUUCAAUGUCUUCUACUGGAUCACCUACAAGAUCAUCAGGAAUGAAGACGUUCAGAAAAAGUAGGGGCCCCAUUCAAGCCCAAACUGCCGGAGUGCCGCUGGACCAAUGCCUCCACUUUAGCAAUGGGAACGACAGCAGUUUCCAGUGAUGCUAUGAGGGGUGUGCUAAUGCCAGGCUGUCUUUUUAUGGAGGAAAAAGAAAAGCAUUGAUCAUAAUGACUGACAAACACACAUUUCAAAUGGAGAGGAAAUAAUAUUGAGAGAGUAUUUUUUUGUUAACUUUUGAUUACCAAAAAGUACAGUUUUUCAGGCAAGACACAUUGUGGUAAACAGUGGACCAAACGGUCUGCAACAAUACUGCCAUUGUAUUUUUACGACCUUCUAACUAAAGUACAUUCCAAUCAUUGACUAAAGAUACCUGCAGAGGAUAUUUGGUGUAAUAAGCGGAAAUUAUUUGCAACUGAAAGCAUUAUACGGUAAUAGAUAUAAGAGCUUGCAAAGUGCUCUGAUUUGAAAUUUUUAGUGGGGCUACAUUUUCGGACUGUUUGAAAAGUGUGGUACUGUGUUCGGUCUGUUCUUCCAGUGAUGGGAAAGCAGGGACUACUUCUUCAUGUAUGCUGUAAACACACAUGUUCAUGCUGUACGUUUGACUGUGUGUUCAUGUGAAUCCAGAAACUAAAUUAGCAUUUAUAUUUACCUGAAGGCCUUAGAUAUCAUUAGUUAAUAUUUAAAAGAUGUGUAUUAUGGUCAAAAUUCCUGGCUGGUUGUUUAAAAGCUAGUGCAAGUCAUAUGCCCUGAGCAUGAUGAAGUCCAGUCUCAUCAACAGCAGUGGAUCUGGAUCUCUAUUUAACCGGUGACCUGGCAUGAAGACAUUUGUUCACGUAUAAAAUCCAUGUUAAGGAUACCUCGAACAUCAUAUUGGCAUCUGUGCUUUGACCGUGAUACAAUGUCCACUCCAGUACUGCGCAGAGACUUGCAUUGUUUUACUCCAAUGCCUUUCACUGGUCUUUUCGAUUACAAAAUACUGUGAUCUUGACAGCUGUUAAGUGACUUCUCCCCAUAUUGCUCUUCAGCUGCCCGUGGAUGGGCGCUGGUCGAUGCCUUCUCAUGCAACCUUACUAUGGAUGGGUUAGUGUGGAUCCCAAAAAACAUGGCAGCAGGAACUGCACUGGAGAGAGAGGGAUUGGGGGAACAUAACGAUCUGAGCCUUCGACGCAUGUUUUGGGAAAUCUUUUUUGUCAUGUUUAAAUAAAAUUAUC